GGAAGUGAGGCAGACGCCAUGCUUCUCCUGCCCAAGAUGGACAUGGGUUAUUUCAGAUAAAGCUAGCUGUUAGCCGGGCAGCGGCAACACAGCCCGCCACUCCUUUUGCAACAGGGGGAGAUCUUCCAGAAUAGCCUCAUAGGGGGUAAAUCCCUGUCUACACAGGGUGCAGGGGGCAGCAGGCCCAAAGUGAAACAAGGGGUAGGAGGUCUAUCUCACCGUUCAUCAAACUCUAAUGAGUUUUAGUAAAGUUCGUCCUAACCCAUCCUUUCUACCUACCCAGUGCACAAUAAAGUUUUCAAUCUAUGUCUAAGUUUUAGGUAUUAAUUAAGAGAUCUUGGCUAUGAACGCCAGGCCAUUGUUGGACCCCAUUGCUAAGGGAAGGGGCACAAUUCAGGGGGCCAGUUUCUGGUAAAGCUUUUAAGCUAAUAUAUAAGCAGUUUCGGUCUGGGUGGAGAACUGCCCACUGGUGGAGAAUUGGGUGGAGGCUGCCCGUGUGUACAGUGGUGGACUUUCCUUUUCCCCGGCUGAGAGCCUGGGUCAGGGCGAUCAGUUCUGCUUUCUGGAUGGAGAUACGUAUGACCUGGUCCCCAGUCCUUUCAGCUGAAGUAACUACUGCAGCUCCUGCAUUCCUGGUUUUAUCUUUCCUCUUGUGACAGUCAUGAAUAAGCCCCUGCCAGUUGUCAUCAGGCCAGAAGGCAGCAGAGGUGACAGUGGUGGGUUUCUCAAACUGGACUUGAGAAUGGUCCAAAAGUAGAGUCUGAUUCUGGGUCACAUACAGCCAGCAUUCUGGUGUUCCUCAGAGGAGUAUCUCUGGCCGGGGGCUCUAAGUAUAAGAUCAUGAGGUCUAAGUACAAUAGCAUGAAGUGCUGGAAGUAUAAGAUCCUGACCCAGAGUUAACUGCUUGUUUGUUUCGCUAAACUAGUAGCAGCCACCAAAGCUCUUAGGCAGGUGGGCUCUCCAAUGGGAGUCUAAUCAUUUGAACAGGAAUGCCACAAUGUGUGUCCAUGGCCCCAAAGUUUGAGUUAAAAAAUCCCUAUUGCCUUUUGUUUUGUGGAUGAAAAGUUUUGAGACAUCUGGAAGAGGUGGGAAGCAAAACUGCUUUUAAAGCCUCAAAUAACCUUUGUUUAGUCUCAGUCUAGAUUAGGGACUCAGUACCCACACCCCACACCCAUAUACACCAUGUGCUGUGUAUAUAGGCAGGCCUUGCUGUUUCUACAAACUCUGUUAUCCAGAGCCAGCAAUACCUCAUCACACCUAGGAACUCUUGAACCUGUCUCUUGGUCUUCGGAGUUGGGACCUUAAGGAUAGCUACCCUACAGUGAGACAGGUUUGGCAGCCUCUGAUGUCCAACGCUGGACUGUCUUAGCCGAUAUCCUCCAGGAAAUUCCUGCAACAGUCGCUCAUUGGCCUUCUUACCAGCUAUUUUAGUUUUGAGGAUUAGGAGAAGGUCAUCUCCAUAAGGUAAGAGUGUGGUCCCAGGAAACUUCUGAUGGAAGAGCAAGAAGUCAACAUUUAGUGUCUCAUCACACAUGAUUGGAGAAUUCUUAGAUCAUGGAGGCAACCUGGUUCUGGAAUGUUGCCUGCUGAAACCUCCCUCUGGGUCUGUUCAUUUCAAAGCAAAGAUGGGUUGACUCACCUAUGCCAAUGGGAGGCUGAAGAAUACAUCUUUCAUGUCCAAGACGGUGUACACCUGUUUCUCUGGAAGAAUCAGACUCAUGAGAAUCAGAGGUCCCAAGUUUCUUCAUAGGCAGGAGAUGGGUCUUCCAGGGUGACUGGCCUGGCACCAGUUUACCUGUCUCUCCAAGCCAGGGAAUAUGGAUUGCAAUUUCCCUUUUUGUUUCCAGGGUCAUGGGUAUUGUUUGAUCGGAAUGGGGGAACUGGCUAGUUGAACAGUUACAGAAACUUGGUGUUGGACGAGUCCCGCACACAUGUGGUACACUGACAUACACGCAGGCAAAACCCCCGAGUCCAUACAGAUUAAAAAAAUAAAAAAAGAAAGACUUGAAAUGCCACCCCAUGCUUGUAAAUGCUUCGAUAUUAUUAUGAGCAUCAUACCUGCCUGCUUGUUGUUUGCUGUGCUGACGGGAAACUGAUGUGUGACUAAAUAAGAAGCUCAGUUGUUUGGAGUAUUAAUUGCUGUGCUUCGGUAUCGUUGAGUUUGGCUGUAAUUAUCUAUAUUUUACUUUAUAUGUUUGAAAAUGUCAUUUAUAAAAGAGGUCCCUAGGCUCCAUUAGACAACCAAAGAGGGCCCUGUUUCGGAACAAAUAAGACUAAGGACCUUUAUGCUCCAAGAUAUUCCCAUCAUAUGGUACAAUCAAAACAAGGCUGCUGCUGAAGCUGUGUGCCGUAGUUUAGCACAAAGAAAGGCUGGAAGAGACAAGUCAUGUUGCCCUAGUUAUAGUCACUUAGGAGAACGAAUAUUUUGGCUGUGCACAAGCACACUAGAGACCAGGAAUUGUAGUGUGACUGGGAUGCCAUAUGCCAGACCUAAGUUUGCAUCACUAGUGAUAGGAGAGACGACCUCUCCAGGCUGCACAUGGGUGCUAUAGUGACUGAGGAGGACCAGACUCUAGGAGCAGAGUCAAGAAGAAAGACCGUGUUUCUGAUAGCUGACAUCAUUCACAUGGACGGGGAGAGGAAUUGGCAGGCAGUGACAACAGAGAACUGGCUAACAGGACAGGCUGACCUUGGCAAUUCCUAUGAGCAGGGCAAACUCAGAUCUAUUCAUUUCUGGGAUGUAAAUGUAUCCACAGUGGAAGGGUCUCAGCUAAGAAGCAAUGUAUACAGUGUUGCUUAUAGGCUAGCAUACCGCAGGUUAAGCACACCUCUGCCCUUGAGCAUUCCCAAUGGAGACAGCCUGGGGACAUUUGGAUAGGCAGAGCUCAAGGUAAGGUAAGCUAGUGAGAUAUCUCCUAGGAAUACAUGCGGUCACCCAGCUCUAAGCCUCUAAAGAACUGUGGUCUGUAGUUACUUCUAUUAUGUGAGGAAUCUGCUCUAGAAUGUCCAUUGACAUCAUCGAGGAACGUCACAAAGGGGCAUCCUGCAGCGUACACUGGCAAAGUAUGCUUGUAAGACGAAAGGGAUCUCAGAGGGAAGAAAACCCAGUAUUUAAGCUCAAGAUUGAACAAAGUUUUCUGGAUUUAGCGUAGAGCAUGGUGGGUACUGGAAGGUGUCCAUCCAGGUGGGAUGAAGGCAAGAGGCCAUGGACAAUGAUGGGGACACACGGAAGAAGAAGGCAUAUUCUAAGGCUGACAGGGAUGUGGCAUUUCUACUUCUGGCAUCUAACGUUCAUAAACAGUUUUUUCAUUGGCCUUGUUAACAUACUUCAUCUUCUGAACACAUAUAGGAUAAAUAUUUGAUAUUUAUUUUUACAUUCACAAAUAAGCAAAAUAAGCAUAAAUUUAAUGAAACACUGGUUGGAAAUCUGGAAGUCGUAAAAUUGUAAUGAUUUUUUUUCAGGACUGGUAAAAUUCUGUCUGUGUAUACUACUUUCUAGGUAGAAGAGCGCAAGUCAGAACAAAUGUAAGUCAAGCGUUAAGAAAUUUGUCCAAUCGGGCAUGGUGGCACAUGCCUUUAAUCCCAGCACUUGGAAGGCAGAGGCAGAUGAGUCUGUGAGUUCCAGGACAGCCAGGGCUAUUACACAGAGAACCCCUGUCUUGAAAAACAAACAAAACAAAACAAAACCAAAAAAUUCACCUGAAAGUUAGAAAACCUAGGUGAGUCUUAGGGUGGGGAGGCCUUUGACUGACAUGUUGCCUUACCAGACAUGCUCUUAUACUUUCUUAAAAAGCACAAAUUUAAGUGGGAAAAAAUUUUGGGAGUCGCUUUUUUUUUUUUUUGGACUCAUUCCACAAGCAUUAUGCUUGUCCGUACACAAUGGGUACAAGUCUUACAAUGAGGAGGCAGAGCUGACUCCAAGGCUUUAUUAAUUGGCAGGUUUUGGUUUUCAGGAAGUAGUUUAAUAUCAACUGGACAGUACAAUGAACGACACAGAUGAAAUCAGCUGUGUUCUCUUCUCUUCCGAAUUCAUUCAUUUCCUCUCCACACCAUCCAGACACAGAAUUCAAUCCUUCUAGAAGUUCCUUCAAGCACCGUGUUUCCAUAAUUGGCAAGUCACAGCUUGAUCACUAGACCGUGAUUUAGGAUGAGCUGCAACCGACCAUCGCAUCUUGCUUAAAACAUCUAGCUCUAACGUGACUUUUUUCUCUAGACUCUGUUACUGAAGUCACCGUCUAUACCCCAAGCAGCCAAGUUCAGCCACCCAUCCUUGAGACGUCAAUGCAAACAGUCAAAAGAAUAGCAAUAAGCUUCAGAGGGAGAUGCAGAGAUAUUGAAAAGAGGGGCAGAGACAUCCAGUGGCCACACAGAUAUCAAUCGUCAAGGUCGUAAAGUAAAACAGAGUGUUAUGGGCAUGCAUACUACAGUCAAGUCAAGGUGUGGCCCUGCCCACCAUUGACACGUCAUUGUUGUCGCUGUAAGACUGUGUCUUUUUUAGGGAGAAGAGCCCUACUGCUCCUACUGUCCCAGGCUUUUCUUCUCAUGGCAUAAGAAUUUCCAACUUCUUAAGAGUAAUUUAGACUCCUUCCCCCAAAAGAAUUCCCACUUCAAGAUUCAUACUUGGUGCUCAGCAAAACAAGAAUCACGACGGGAUCAAGUUUAUUUAAAGGGAACGGACCAUGUUCUCAAACAUACUGUGUAAGAAAAUGCUGCUAAUGUUCAUGUCCGUUUUAGUAAUUACCUGGAUAAUCCAUGAAAUUUCUCAAAAUCCCACAAAGCUUUGGUCUGUUCUGAACACAAGCAUCCCCCUCCGUUCCUGGAACACCUCCAUGAAGUCCUUGUGUCCUGAAAUGCGGGUGAAUCAGUCAAGGUUACCAACAGAGACUAACCUGAGACAGGAGACCCCUAAAAUGACAGCACCGGUCAAGUCACCAACAGAGAAAGAGCUGAGAAUCAGGGCGAUCCUGGAGAAGCUAGAUCAGCAGAUCCCUCCCAGACCUUUCACCCACCUCAACACCACCACCAGCGCCACACACAGCACAACCACCAUCCUCAACCCUCGAGACACAUACUGCACGGGGGACAAACUGGAUGUGCUGCUGGAAGCUAGGGACUACCUGGGACACAGGAAGGAGUAUGGUGGGGACUUCCUGAGGGCCAGGAUAUCCUCCCCAGCCCUGAAGGCUGGAGCUUCCGGAAAGGUGACAGACUUCAACAAUGGCACCUACCUGGUCAGCUUCACUCUGUUCUGGGAGGGCCCGGUGGCCCUGUCUAUUCUUCUCAUGCAUCCCAGUGAAGGAGUGUCGGCCCUCUGGAGGGCCCGGAACCAAGGCUAUGACAGAAUUGCCUUCAAGGGUAAAUUUGUUAAUGGCACCUCCCAGGUCUUAGUUGAAUGUGGCCUGACCCUAAACUCAAGCACUAAACUCUGCAAAUACCUGUACAGUGGCGGUGAAGAAGUCUUCUACUGUAUGAAGCCUCAACACAUGCCCUGUGAGGCCCUGACCCAUGUGUGCACCAAGCAGCAAGGUGUUUCUUUUCUUACUGUCAAAGAGAAAGCUCUUUUCCAGAAGUCCAACAUAGGAGUAGAAAUGAUGAAGAGCCCUAACUUUAUUAGAGUCUCCCGAUGCAACAAGAGUGAAGAAAACAGGGGCAAGAAAUGCCAGAUCGGAACGGAGAUCCCCACACCUAGCGGUUACACUUUCCAAGGAAGAUGGGUAACGGCCCAGUGCAAGCAGAGUCUGCUGAACUCCAGUCAGAUAAAUGACUGCUUGAGAAGGAAACUCAUUUACUUCCUGGGAGACUCGACGCUGCGCCAAUGGAUCGAAUACUUUCCCAAAGUUGCAAAAAAGCUGAAGCCUUUUGAUCUUCAUGGGACUGGACAAUACAAGAAGCAUGUGCUCCUGGAUGCCGAAGGGCACACUCUGGUUGAAUGGAAGAAGCACAGCCAUCCUUUCAUCACGGUCAAUCUCUACUCUGUGAUAGAUGACGGUUAUAUUCCUCAGGAAAUUGACCGCUUGCCAGGUGACAAAGAUACUGCCAUCGCCAUCACCGUGGGCCAGCACUUCAGACCCUUUCCCAUGGAACUUUUCAUCCGGAGAGCCAUCAAUAUCCGAAACGCUAUUGAACGACUCUUCCUCAGAGCCCCCGACACUAAAGUCAUCAUUAAGACAGAGAAUAUCAGGGAGAUGUACAUAGAUACGGAGAAAUUCGGAGACUUCCAUGGUUAUAUCCAGUAUCUAACUAUGAAGGACAUUUUCAAAGACCUUCAUGUGGGUAUCAUUGAUGCCUGGGACAUGACCAUAGCAUGUCACAGUAAUAUUCUCCACCCACCUGAGCAAGUGAUUGGGAAUCAGAUUGCCAUGUUUUUAAACUAUAUUUGCUAAAGCUCCGUCCCUUGGAGCCAGUAUCCACUGACCGUGCCGUGUGAUUCAUCGGUAAAGAUUUAUUCAAUUUAGGAUCUAAGAAAACUCAAAUUUAAAAGAAUCUGUCUUGGAAUAGUGAUGCAGCUCAGCUGAAAGAGUGCUUGCUUAGCAUGCAUGAAGCCCUGGGUUCUGCUGUUGGCACCACACAAGCAGGGGCACUGUGGCACAUGCUCGUAAUUUCAGCACUCAGGAGGACAGAAGUUCAAGGUUGUCCUUAAUUACCUAGUCAGAUCAAGGGGGUGGGGGCUGAGCUACGGGGAAAGUUUCCUUGAUUAAAAACAGGAGUCAUGGUCUCGAAAGAAUACAAACUUAAGAACAAUGACUCCAAAGAAGGGAUAUUAAGCCAAGAAAACUAGGCGUGAAGGACAAUCCCAGAAUACACUACGUUUAUCUCCUUGUUAAUAAAUACCUUUAUUCUUUUUUU